AUGGGGGCCGUGGACAGUGUUCAGUGAGAAGGUGGAUAUAAUAAACACAAUCUUCAAAAUGGGACUAUUCGGAAAGACGCCACAGAGAUCGCCUAAAGAAUCGUCUUGCAGUAUGUUCACAUCCUAUCUGUGACCGAAAACUGGUGGAAUGGCAAGAAUUAGAUCUGCUGUUGUAAACAGGUGGUGAAUUGGUUCAACCUCCCUGUUAAAAUAAAUUAACUUAUGAUGCACACUUAUUAAUUGAAGUAUUAGUCAAAGUAAACCCAACAACAACCAACAAAAGUUCAGGAGUGGUGUUCUAAGAUGCGUAAAGAAGGAUAUGUGAUAGACCGACAAAUCAGAGCUAUCAAAAGAGAAGAAGAAAAAACUAAACGCUCUCUAAAAGAAUCUGCCAAGAAAGGUGAAAAGGAUGCUUGUGUGAUUCUUGCUAAGGAGCUGGUCCAUUCUAAAAAGGCAGUUUGCAAGUUGUAUGCUGCUAAAGCUCACUUAAAUUCAGUUCAGUUAAACAUGAAGCAACAACUAGGUAAGUUACGCAUGGCUGGUGCUUUGGAGAAGAGUGUUGAUGUGAUGAAAGCAAUGCAUUCUUUGAUUAAAAUUCCUGAGAUUAAUUCUACUAUGAUGGAGAUGUCUAAAGAAAUGAUGAAGGCAGGAAUUAUUGAAGAAAUGUUGGAAGAUACAUUUGAAGGGCUGGAAGAUGCUGAAGAACUUGAAGAUGAAUCUCAGAAAGAAGUUGAUAAAGUUCUUUAUGAAUUAACUGCAGGUGAACUGGGCAAAAUGCCUUCUGCUGUCAAAGAUUCUUUGCCAUUAACUGAUGUUGCUGGUGCCACAGCAGCUACAGCAUCAAGUGCGUUGGAAGAAGAAGAAAAUGAUGAAGAGGAAGAUGAGAUGCGAGCUCGGUUAGAAGCUCUUCGCAGCUAGGCAGACAUUGCAAAUGCUCUUGUCCUCAACUACACAGUUUCAAGUGUGUCUAUGUGUUCAAUAAGAACACAAAGUUGAAGAAAAGAAAAAGAAUAACAAAACUGUCAUGUGGUAAUUUAACCCACAUUCCUUGAUUAUUGCCUAAGUGCAUUCACUUAUACUCUUUUUCUACCUUUCUUUUACUCUGUUGCUCUUUCCAUCUUUUUGUCCUUUUCAUUUCUCUUUCUCCUCAUUCUUUCUAACUCUUUCAAUCACUUUCCAUUUCCUUUCCUCAAUAUUUAUGACUGUUGGGUUCUUUUUUUAUUGUCCACCAUUAUUUAUCUAUCCAUCUUCACUUUUUUUGCAUACAAUAUUCCUAAUCUAUCUGACAAAUCUAAAAUUACAAUCACUGCUCUGGACUUCAUACAACAGCAAUAGUAUCACUAAGAAAAUAUUUGGUUAUGGUUAUAGCAGAGUGUGCAUGUGUAUAGAUGAAAUGAUAUUUUAUUAUCCAGCCUGGCUUGCUUUCUUAUAUAAACUCUGAAACAGCGUGAAGAUUCUACCUAGAGGUUACCUCAUCUACAUAUGAUAUAAAUACAUAUCCAGUGACACAAACAUCUAUACACCUUGGUAGCUGUACAUAUAUUUUCUGUCACACAUACACAUUUAUCCAGUAUCUAUUGAAAAUGUUAGGUAUUGAACUGAAAAUUUAGAAUUUCUGAUUUAAAAUCAGCUGCAGAUGUUAUGUAUUAUUACUUUUUGUUUCCAGGAAGGAUACUUAAUUCUACAUUACCUCAGUUGACAUAAUUUAGGGAAAAUAUACCAAUUUUUUUCUAGAAAAACCAUCAGAGAUAUGUUGGCUUGCUAUCCAGAGUGUGGUUAUUUUAUUAUCAAGUGUAAGAACUCUUAACAAAGAAGAGUUAAAUACUGAAGCUAUGGAUUUUUAUCUUUUGUGAAAGGAUUAGCAUUUUAAUUAUUUUGGUCCACUCUGUUUAAAAUUUAUUUCACACAACUAUUUGAUAUGAUGCAUUUUGUUUAAACUUUUGUAAGAAAAGUAGCUAUAAUUGAGUGACUUGGCCUUAGCAUGUCACCAAUACAUGAUACACACACUCUUAUUAUGCACACACAUAUAUAGCUCUUUGUAGGUGCUUGACUGUUAAAACAGCAGCCAAAUCUUUCUGAAUUCACAUAUUAUUGUAAUAAAAUAAUGUGUACAUUGGAUAAUGUUUUUAUAGAAAAUUAUGUAUAUAAUAUAAAAAUGGGAAUGACUGAUCAUUGGUCUGAUCAGUUAAGACUAAACAACAAUAGCACAUAUAACCAACUCAAACUGCUUUUUAAAGUAAUACUCAUGUGGAGCUGCUCACUUAAUUGCUACUUUUCAUGAACAGCCUCCAAUUGUAUUGUCUUUUACUUCCACACUCACUUUACCUUUAGACUUUGGAAUCCUUCCUUUAUCCCAUUAUCACCAAAGUCUCUCUCUCUCUCUAUCUAUCUAUCUAUCUAUCUAUCAAUCAAUCUAUUUCUCAAGAUACAAAAACAUAUAACUCCUACUGGGCUAUUGUUCUUGCAUUGAACAUAGUUGAGGUACAGGACACUAUAAUAAAUCAUCUACUAUAUCAUCUUGGAACUUUCUCAGUUUAGCAAUCACUAGUAUAUCUUCCAGAACCAGAACCCUUGGAGACCUAUUCCCUAGUAUUACAUAGAGUGCAUGUUUCUUUGUUUAGACCUUGCGCUAAGCACUUUUCCAUAUUUAUGGAAACUUUUUCCAUUCAUAUACUUAACAAAUCAACACAAAAUAUAUUAAUAGACACACAUGCACACAUCUAUUUUCUUACUGUUUUGCAUUCAGUUUUCUUUGUUAUCAUUUGUAGGAAUAUUUCUCAGAAUGUUUAUAUUUACAUUUGAAUCAUUGGAGUAUGUGCCUUCACAGCUGAAUGUUUGCUUUUCUCCUACUAGCAAGUGACAUCUAAUAUUUGGCUAUGUGAGAUUGAGGUGAGACAGAAUAAUGUCUUGCUUGUCAGAGAUACAGUAUAGUAGCUGUACCAAGCUUUGAACUCGUAACCUAGUUUAACUUUGUGUGUGUGGUUAUUGGGUGGAUGUGUGUUUACAUCUAUAUAUAAAGCAUUGAAAACAGGGUAUUCUGGUUUACUUUUACUACAUAUAGUCCAAGCAAUAAAAUCUGUCAGACCUUUUAAUUGCAA